GCCAAAAUGGCGACGUGCAUGUUGUCGUCAAAGAUGUCACCCUUGGUGUCACCCAUCAUUAGAUUUCUACUGAAAGAUCAGUACUAUUCCUCAAAAACGAUAUGUAACGGUGUGACUAACAUUUCCAGACGAGGCUAUUCGACGGAUGCUCUCCGCCAGCCGGCUGCAGAAGACAGCAAUGCUGCCGCAGCGUACAGCGGACCACUGGAGCACUACAACAGUCUGGUUAGGGAUGAGUCGCUGCAAGAGGACCCACAUCAAAAAGCCGUGGUUCAGACCUUGGAUAAAAUGCACAAAACCCUAAGAGGUUACAACAACCAGCCUACGUCCCUCUUCUCGAAGUUUUUCUCAAAGCCAAAGCCCCCAAAAGGGUACUACAUCUAUGGAGAUGUUGGCACAGGGAAAACGAUGGUUAUGGACAUGUUCUACUCCUACGUGGAGACAGAGAAGAAAAAGAGGGUGCAUUUCCACGGCUUCAUGUUAGAUGUACAUAAUAGGAUACAUCGCCUUAAAAAGAGCCUGCCAAAAAGGAAAGCUGGGAGGAUGGCUAAAGUCUAUGACCCGAUUGCACCAAUAGCAGAGGAGAUCAGUGAAGAGGCCUGUCUGUUGUGCUUUGAUGAGUUUCAGGUGACAGACAUUGCAGAUGCCAUGAUUCUGAAACAGCUCUUUGAAAACCUCUUUAAGAAUGGGGUUGUUGUCGUGGCCACGUCCAACCGGCCCCCAGAGGAUUUGUACAAGAACGGACUACAGAGGGUCAACUUUGUGCCAUUUAUUGCUGUGUUGAAGAACUAUUGCCAAGAGCUUCGUCUGGACUCUGGGAUAGACUACCGCAGAAGAAACAGACCCUCAGCUGGGAAACUGUACUUCCUCUCGAGUGAACCUUGUGUUGAGGCAAUACUGGACAAGAUGUUUGACGAGCUGGCCUUCAAACAGAAUGACAUAACACGGCCAAGGACUCUGAAACUGCUAGCCAGGGAGGUCAGUCUUGUGAAAACCUGUGGGACCAUAGCAGACUGUACCUUCGAGGAGCUGUGUGAUAGACCAUUGGGUGCCAGUGACUACUUGGAGAUUUCCAGGCAGUUUGAUACUGUAUUCAUCAGGCACAUUCCCCUGCUCACUAUGAACAAGAAGACUCAAGCGAGACGCUUGAUCACGCUUAUAGAUGCCUUCUAUGAACACAAGGUACGAGUGGUGAUUCUGGCCGAUCACCCUCUGGAUGACAUCUUUGUACACGACGGAGAUCACGAACACCACCAUCAUGAACUCAUGGAUGAUCUCAACCUAAAAAAGGAUGCAGCCAGUGAGUUGUCUAUCUUCAGUGGAGCAGAGGAGAUCUUUGCCUUCCAAAGGACAGUGUCUCGCCUCACUGAGAUGCAGACUGAAGAGUACUGGCUGGAAGGGGACAGGAGCACCAUCACCACGUAGCUGUACAGUACCCCUCACCAACCCUCUAAACCCUUCACUACCUGCAAGGACAGUGAAAACCACCUCACCAGUACAGACUAUCAGUUAAUUUGACAGGAUCAGUUUGAGCGUGCUGAAGCGCAGAAUCACCAAUCAUGAUCACAUAUAAGUGUGAUUUGUAGAUCAGUGAUUCUACGCCGUCCGACUGCAAAGUAGUCCGUCUCAAACAUACACUACCACGAGGGACUCGAAACAAUGGAAUAUAUUUAUUAUACGAACAAAGUAUGACUUCAAGCCUUUAUGAUUUUACUUUGCCAUUGCACUUUACAAACUGACCAUAUUGUGCAGAACAUUUUAAGUUAAACCUUUAUCUGUGGAUUUUUUUCUAUACUGUACACAUAUGGUAGAUGGGGUAUAUUGUGUGAAUGGCUUUUGCAAAAAAGUUCAAUGAAAUCCACUUCUAAAAAUGGAACUACUGGUUCAAGGUACAUUUGUUAUUUUAUUGAUAUCUUAUCAUGAAAAGGAUUGUCUAUUUUAACAAGUGAUGUACUGUAUUAUCUUAUUGAGACGAUCAUAGAGAGUGAUGACUACAGUAUGGUUCAUAUGGAUGUAUGUAAGUAAGGCUGCUUGUCUCUGAUGUUGAAAGCAACAUCCUGCCGCCUUCAUGUUUUUUAAGUUUUAUUUAGCAAACAGAAAUUACUGUAACCUGAGUGCCAGCCUAUGCUGUGCUGCCAUGCCACCUCUUUGUCACUCAUUGUCAGGUCAAAUAAUUGGAGUGGGAAAGAGUACAAACAUCUAGGAUCAGACUAGGAAACACAGAUUACUGGGCUCAAUUGUGUAGUUUGACAUGACAUACACUUUAUGAUCAAAAGUAUGUGGACAUCUGCUCGUCAAACAUCUCAUUCCUAAAUCAUGGGAAUUAAUAUGGAGUUGGUCCUCCCCUUUGAUGCUUUAACAGCCUCCACUCUUCUGGGAAGGCUUUCCACUAGGUGUUGGAACAUUGCUGAAGGGACUUGCUUCCAUUCAGCCGCAAGAGCAUUAGUGAGGUCGGCACUGAUGUUGGGCGAUUAGGCCUAGCUCGCAGUUGGCCUUCCAAUUCAUCCCAAAGGUUUUAGAUGGGGUUGAGGUAAGGGCUUUUUGCAGGCUAGUCAAGUUCUUCCACACCGAUCUUGAACAAAUUAUUUCUGUAUGGAACUCGCUUUAUGCACGGGGGCAUUGUCAUGCUGAAACAGGAAAGGGCCUUCCCAUAACUGUUACCAAAAAGUUGGAAGCACAGAAGUGUCGAGAAUGCUGUAGCUUUAAGAUCUCCCUUCACUGGAACAAAGGGACCUAGCCCAAACCAUGAAAAACAGCCCCUGACCAUUAUUCCUCCUCCACCAAACUUUACAGUUGGCGCUAUAGAUUAAGGCAGGUAGCGUUUGCCUGGCAUCCGCCAAACCCAGAUUAUUUUGUCGGACUGCCAGAUGGUGAAGUGUGAUUCAUCACUCCAGAACACGUUUCCACUGGCAGCAAGCUUUAAACUACUCCAGCCGACGAUGAUCUUAGGCUUGUGUAUGGCCCAUUUCAUGAAGCCCCUGACUAACAGUUAUUGUGCUGACGUUGCGUCCAGAGGCAGUUUAGAACUCGAUAGAGUGUUGCAACCGAGGACAGAUUCACUUCAGCAUCCGCCAGUCCCGUUCUAAUUGUUUUUUGGCCUACCACUUUGCGGCUCAGCCGUCGUUGCUCCUGGACGUUUCCACUUCACAAUAACAGGUAUUGUAGAUAUUUGAUAGUAGAGUAGUGGCCCGAAGGAACACUUAAUGUAUUGUGUAAAGUCUUAUGAAAUGUCAUGUAAUAUUUAAAAUUGCGUAUGACCACUGGGAGAGUAUGGGGAUCAUUAAUAAAUACAAACAGCACUUAUAGUUGACCGGGGCAGAAAUGUGGAAAACUGACUUGUUGGAAAGGUGGCAUUCUAUCUGCUACGUUGAAAGUCACUGAGCUCUUCAGUAAGGCCGUUCUACUGCCAAUGUUUGUCUAUGGAGAUUGCAUGGCUGUGUGCCCGAUUUUAUACACCUGUCAGCAACGGGUGUGGCUGAAAUUGCCGAAUCCACUAAUUUGGACAUACUUUUCUAUACACUGUAUAUAUAUAUAUAUCUUUACUGUGUAGUACCAUGUGUAAUUUUGCCUUCCAUGAUUUAUAAUAGUAUUAUAAUUAUUAUUUGAAAUACUAAGUAAGUACCUUUUGUAUUUAUGCAUAAUUAUUGUAUUAAAUGUCUUGGUAUGUUGCCUUUUA